AUGUCCAAAGAAGAACGUGUAAAGUUACCGAGGAGACGUCAUAGCUUCAUGUCUGAUCCAGACCUUGGCGGUGAAGCUAUGAGUCACCUUAGCGGUGAGUGCUUCCCUUGGUGUAUUUUAUCAUGGAGACGCCAUAGCUUCAUGUCUGCUCCAGACCUUGGUGGUGAAGUUAUGAGUCAGAGGUUCUCUUCCGCUAUUCCAAACUAA